AUCUGUUUCUCAAUACGAAUUUGUAUGGCUUUCCCUGGCUAUACUAGUUAGAUUAAUAAAAUUGUAAUCUGUGUUAGAAAGAACGCUUAAAGCACGACGGUACCAGCGACAUUAGAGGGAAUUCUUUCGACGGAUUGCACGAAUGCACGUUGUUUCGUGGCUGCGAGAAAGUUGGAGAACAAUCUAGAACGGGCACAGGAAUUUUAUAAAAGGCAACCCGGUGUGAACUUGCACGAGAUUAUUUGAAAGGACAGUGAUCGAACAAGAAGUGUCUAAAGAGAGUUCUAGUUACGUUACUGAAUUUGUUAGCUGUGUGAAAGAAAUAGUUACCGAAUAUGGUUGCAACGGAGGGAACUGUUCCGGCAGACGUCGAUGAAGCGACGGCCUUCAAAGAACGUGGCAAUGCCGAGUUCAAGGAGGACUGCUGGGAGGCAGCGAUCAAGUGGUACACGAAAGCGAUCGCCGUCGGCGAGAAGCACAAGGAUUUGCCGGUAUUCUACAAGAACCGUGCCGCCGCCUAUCUGAAGCAGGAGAAGUACGAAAAUGCCCACAAGGAUUGUACGGUGUCGUUGGAGCACUGCCCGAACGAUCCGAAAGCACUGUUCCGUCGCUUCCAAGCACUGGAAGCGUUGGAGCGCUUUGAGGAGGCGUACAAGGAUCUACGCACGAUCCACACGCACGAUCCCAAUAAUAAAACGAUCAAACCACACCUCGAACGGCUCCAUUCGAUCGUGCAGGAACGGGCAAGACAGCGAGCGCAGACGUCGAACAAGGUGACACAGAUGUUCGAGAUUGCCUUCGACAUCGGUGCAGCUAAGGAUAAGCGGGAGCAAGCGAUGGGUAAUAUCGUUGUGUUGUCGCGAGAGCAGGCCGGGGUGGAGGUGAUGAUGAAGGAAGGAUUGAUAACGCGCAUCGGGAAGUUGUUGAAGGUGGAGAAAAAUAACGAAAUUAUCACUAACGCCAUCCGGGCCGUAGACGGAGUGUGUGUCAAAAGUCCCGAGCGCACGAAGCAGGUAAUCAACGAACUGGGCAUCCCGUGGUUCCUGCAGAUGCUGGACUGUAACGUGGAAGAGCGGGUGGCGGCAUCGCAGCACUGCAUGCAGACAGUGCUCAACUCCAUCUCCGGUAUGGAGAACAAAGAAGACUCGAAACCGAUUGAUGCGUUGGUGAAAGAAAACAAUCAUAUCAUCGAAACGCUCUUGACGUGUCUGCUCUACUCCGUGACCGAUCGGACAAUCACGGGUAUGGCUCGAGACUCCAUCAUGGAGUUGCUGAUUCGUAACGUUCACUGGAAGACACUGAACUGGGCGGAACGGUUGGUCGAACUGAAGGGUCUGCUGCGCCUGAUGGAUGUAUGUUCGGAGCUGGAGGAGUACAAGUACGAGAGUGCGAUGAAUAUUACACCCUCCUCGCGCACGAUCGCCGCCGUUUGUCUGUCGCGUAUCUACGAAAACAUGUACUACGAUGCGGCACGUGAACGGUUCACUGAGCAGAUUGCAGAGUUCGUGAAAGACAAACUGUUGACACCCGAUCAUGAAUCGAAGGUGCGCGUCACGGUGGCAAUCACUUCGCUACUGUUGGGACCGCUGGAUGCUGGUAAUACCAUCAUUUCUCGGGAGGGUGUCCUGCAGAUGAUUCUCGUCAUGGCGCAGUCGGAUAACUUACUUGAACAGAAGGUUGCCUGUGAAUGUCUGAUUGCGGCCGCUUCCAAGAAGGACAAGGCAAAAGGUCUCGUGCAAACCGGUGCAGAAAUUUUGAAAAAACUAUACACUUCGAAGAACGAGGAAAUUCGCGUCCGCGCACUGGUCGGUCUGUGCAAGAUUGGCAGUUCCGGUGGACUGGACGCCUCAAUCCGCCCGUUUGCUGACGGAUCGACCAAGAAGCUGGCCGAAGCUUGCCGCCGAUUUUUGGUGAAACCGGGAAAGGAUAAGGACAUCCGCAAGUUUGCCGCCGAAGGUCUCGCCUACCUUACGCUCGAUGCGGAAGUGAAAGAGAAACUGGUUGAAGAUCGUCCGGCCAUCCAGGGAUUGAUCGAGCUGGCAAAAACUGGUGACCAGUCGGCACUGUACGGUGUCGUGACUACGUUGGUCAAUCUAGUGAACGCGUACGACAAGCAGGAAAUGGUACCGGAGCUGGUCGAGCUGGCCAAGUUCGCCAAACAUCACAUCCCGGAAGAGCACGAGCUGGACGAUCCGGACUUUGUGAGUGCGCGAAUCAUCGUGCUGGCGAACGAGGGCGUAACGUCUGGUUUGGUGGCGUUGUGCAAAACGGAAAGCGACAACUCGAAGGAAAUGAUUGCGCGCGUCUUCAAUGCGCUCUGUAGCGAGCAGGAGGUACGUGGCAAGGUGGUGCAACAGGGUGGCGUAAAGGUACUGCUUCCGCUGUCACUUAAUUGCACAGCGAAUGGCAAGCGGCAUGCAACUCAGGCUCUGUCGCGCAUCGGUAUAACCAUCAAUCCGGAGGUGGCCUUUCCGGGACAGCGUAAUCUGGAGGUGAUUCGGCCGUUUAUGAAUCAGCUGCAUCCUGAUUACACGUCGCUGGAAAACUUCGAGGCGUUGAUGGCGCUGUGUAAUUUGGCCGCGAUGAACGAGUCGACCCGGCAGCGCAUCCUUAAGGAGCAAGGUAUGAACAGAAUCGAAGAGUACAUGACCGAGGAGCAUCCGAUGCUUCGUAGGGCCGCCACACAGGUCCUGUGCAACAUGGUGCAGUCGCCGGACGUUAUCGAACGGCUGGAGAAACCGAACGAUCGUGUCAAGCUGUUAGCGCUACUUUGCGAAGAGGAGGACGAAGAUACGGCGCUGGCGGCAUCCGGUGCACUCGCCUACGUGACGGCCGUUUCGGAGCGCUGUUGUGAGAAGAUGUUCGAAGCCUCGUCGUGGUUGGAAAUUUUCCACACCCUCUUAGCGAACCCGAGCCCCGGCGUGCAACAUCGGGGCAUGGUGAUCAUACGGAACAUCAUCAAGACGAGCCAGACGCUAGCGUCUCGGUUGUUCGAUACCGACAUUCUGCAGAUGCUGUACGGUGUCACGCAGCUGAAUGACGAGCGACGCGCACCUGCUAUUGAGUUAGCACGGGAAUGUUUGAAGCUGGCCGAAGAGUAUCGCCUGAUUCAGGAAAACGCUGAUGCCGAUCUAGCACCGGAUGUUUUCAAGCAGCAGGAGGCAACGAUGGAGGAGAUCGACAACUGAACACAAGAAGGGGGCGCGGUUGAAGAAACUAAAGUGCAUUACAAUCGAUUUUUGAUUACAUAUUUAUAUCACACUGAUUCAAACGUUCUAUUUUCCGUACCAAAUGGGAGGGAAAUACACGCAGCGUAUACUCUCGUUACGAGAGUGGAUCGUACUUAUUAAAAUGGUUAGGAGAGAGGUUGAGUUUAAAUAAGUUUUUCGAGUGUCAAGACCCUUCAGAUUUUUCGAUUGACAAUAUAACAUUUUAAAAUAAAGUUUUCCAA